CUCAAUUUCAAUCUCAUAUUAUCUAACAGUUUUUUUCUCUCUCGUUAAAAUCUUUGAAAAAAAAAUGAAAUUCAUUUCGAUUGUCGCCACCGUAUUGUUGUUAUUGUUGGAAUUCAACAAUGCUCGUCCAUCUCCGUUGAUACGAACAUUUGAUGAAUUUAAAGCUGCAUACAAUAAAACCUAUGCUACUGAUGAACAAGAAGAAAUUGCCCGAAAAAAUUUCCUUGAAUCAUUAAAAUAUGUUCAAUCAAAAAACAAUCAAAGUAUUGCCAUCAGUCAUUUAUCCGAUUUGCCAUUGGAUGAACAGCAAAUAAAAAUAAACAAAAAUUUAAUAACAGCAAAUAUUUGUCAUAUUGAUUCCAACAUGACUAUUUCUGAUGAAAUUGAUUUACGUUCAUUAGGAACAUUACCACCAAUACGUAUGCAAGGAAAUU